ACUGCGUAAAUUACAAUGAAAAAAUUAAUUAGGAUUUCUGACAAUAAGAUGAAUCUUAUUGUAAUUAAAAUAAUUGGAAAAAUCAAUUCGGUCAGCUGCCAUGCAAUACAAGAAGAUUUUAAAAACUAAAAAGAGUACUUAAGAAAUAUUUCCAGUUAUAUAUCCGAUUUCGGUUCAAAUACAUUCUUCAUAUUGUGCGAUAUCAGUGAGAGGUUGAUAAAAAUACUAAAUACGAGCUUUGAGCAGUUUAAUCCCAAGGUUAUAUGCAUUAAUGCAAAAAUUUUGCAUAAAGUCGAAGCCUUUCUAUGCAAUUUAGGUAAAUUUAUAUAUGUAUGUGUGUAAGAAUGUAGAUUAUGUAUCAUAAAAUUAUGUUCUGCUUAAAGAUAUGAACUCUUAGCAUACAUAUAUUCCGUGCUGUGCUUAUUACUUAAGUGAGCUUAGUGAAUAACUCCGUAAACUAACGUUCGACUAAUAAACACUGCAAAUUCGGAAAUUGCGUUUGUGCUUAAAACUCUAAAGCGUUUUAAAAAUAAUGCUUCAACAAAAAUGACAUAUUAUCAUAUAUGAAAUUCGUUUUCCUUUUCAGAACUAAAAGCGCGAAAUAUCAUAUAUAUCGGCUGCUCCAAAUAAAACUAUUCGAAGUUGAUUUACAAUAAGAGCCUUCUCUGCUUCUAUUUUUUGAACAUCGAUUUAUUUGAUUGAACACCAUUUUAAUUUUUGAUGGUCUAGUUUUAAUAGAAAUUCAACAAAAAAAAAACUUUUGGUGUAAAGAAUAAGAUUUUUUGGAAAGAGUUACAAUAUUUUCAUAAAAAAUGCAUUUGUUCUAACUCUAGCUCUCCUUACAUUUGAAAACAUUGCUAUUUUAUAAUUGUAUGCACCAUUAUUAAAUAUCGUCGGCUGAGGACUAUUUUGAUCCAUACGCCAUAACUUUUGAAUCGAGAAAAUCGCGUUUGAAGUUUAAUAACACUUUAUUUCAAACUAAACGAUGGGAUUUCUUAAAUUUUUGUUAGUAGUUUUAUUAUAGUUUUAAGAGUUUGACUAUAAAGUUUAGUACAAAUGGUACAUUCAAUAAUUUGCAUAUACUAUUAUAUUACAAAAAAUGUUGCACAUCGACAUAAACUAAUAUCGCACAGUAUAAUACAAUAAAAAAUUUAUUUACUUCGCGAUUGUAUGUCGACUUUCAGUAAAAAUUUCCACUUUUUAAAGAAAGAAAAUUGAUUUUAAAGUUUUAUUAAUCAAAAUGAACACAACAGAAGUUUUUGACAUAAAAACGCCCCAACAUCAUUGAAUAAAGAAUUCCUAAAAAAGAAACAGAAAAUAAAAUAAAAAAUCGUUUUAUAGAAAUUUUUUUUAAUAAAAACAAUAAACCUAGGAAGAAAGUACGUGUGCAAAAAUUUAAUUACAGUCACGCUUUAAAAAACAAGAAUUCUUGAAUUAAAAAGAAAAAACUUCUCAAAAAUCGGUGCUAGAAAAUUGUUUGGUGGUUAUAGAAUAACUCCUAGGAUAUGUAAAGCAUCAAAAAUAUUACCUAGAUCUGAUCCAAGAUCAGCAGGUCCAACGAUAUGUAUGUUUAAUCAUGAAUGUGCCCAAAGGAAUGGAGAAGUUGUUGGUGCAUGUAUGGAUGGGUUUCUAUUUGGUGCAUGCUGUCAAGUGCCAGGUAUUGUUGAUACAACAUUAAUUCAAAAUGCUCAAAAGCCGCGACCACAAGUAUCAUCGGCUUAUGAAAGUUAUGGCAGCCAGCAGGCUACAAGUAGUGAACAAGGUCCUACUGGCAGUUUUUAUGAUAGUGCAGCUGAAUUAGAUAUUGAUGAAUCUGCACAACAAGAAAAUGUCUACACAAAUACAAAUCACAUUGAUUCUAACCAAAAUCAUAACUUAAAUAGCAACAAAAAUAAUAAUAGUAGUAAUAAAAAUAAAAUUCAAAAUCAAUUUUAUGUUGAAAAAGAAUCUGUAACAGUGUCUUCACCAUCAUCUCCACCACCAUUACAAAUUAGUACGCAAGACUCGUAUUUACCAAUUCAAAGUGUCACGAAAGUUGAGCCUUACUUACCACCAUCAUUGCAAUCAAAACCUAAUAAUGAUAGGAUUUCGAGUUUUUCUACUGAGCUACCAAUGAAAAUCUCAUCUUUAUAUGGUAAUAAUCCCAAUCCUUCUAUUGGUAUAUCAUCAACUUUACGACCACCAUAUCAAACACCUACACAAUCACCACAAAAAAUCGAUCCAAAUAAUAUAUUGGCGAAUGGAGAGUUUACUCACAGUGAUAUUACUCAUCCAGCAGCAGAGUCAGUUUUAAUUGAAAAUGACGCUAAUAAUUAUGAGGACCAGGUUUUUUCGAAUGGGUAUGGUCCCUCAACAGUGUAUUUAGCGCAAUCACAAGCAACUAGAACGCCCCCCACAACACGAACGCCUGAAAUUAGUACUUUAGUAGAAAUUAAAGUUACACAUAAAAAACCGGUCUUUAAACCAAAACCGAUUGGCAUCAGCACCACGACAAGAAAGCCAAUUGAAAAUGGUAACCAAUAUGAAUAUGAAAAUUAUUCUACAGAAAGUAAUAGCCAAAAACAAACUUCCAAAAGGCCAAUGACUGAAGAUACUUUUACAACAAAUAAUAUGGCUUCUAUUGAAUCUAUUAUAUUAAUGUUAAAUGACUCGAAUCCAGGGCCAAGUUACAAUUGGUACAACGGAACUACUGAAGCAACAAAGGUUAAUUUGCAAUCGUCUUAUGGUACACAAAAACCCCCCUUUUAUAAUACAAAUUCGGUUAACUUGGAUAAAUAUGGCGAAAAUAAUCAUUACUAUGCUCCUAGACCAGAAACAUAUCAAUUAGGAUCUAGCACUCAUACGCCAAUAACUACCCCUCAACCGGUCAUAACAACAGGUUCAGGAGUAGUAAUAAGCGGGGAUCAAGAUGUUCCAUCAAGCACUUUAAAACCCCCUAUAAAUCCGCAUGUUACAGCAACUAGUGCAACUAGAAGACCUCCUGCUAAAAUUACAACAACUGAGCUCGCCCCACAAAAACUUGAUUCCGAAAUCUUAACUUCUACGAUUCGCCCUGUAAUAAUAACAUCAAGUGGCACUAGAAGACCAACAGUCACGGCUCAUAAAAAACGGCCAACAUUACCGUCUUCGACGACCGCUCAACAAACUACACACUCAACAAGCAAACCUAAUACUUACAAUGUUAUUAGCCAAUCAUCACAUGAUAAUUAUAAUAACGAAAUUAUUAUCACACCAACAAGACGUCCUGGAAUCAAAUAUCCUUUACAAUCCACCGUGACGAGAAAGCCUCCUUCUACAAGCUACGUGACUGGGCCAACCCCCCCGAGGCAUCCGUCGACACAAUCUUACGUUGGUGUUAGCACUUUAGUAAAUCGUAUUAGUACCGUUGUAUCAGGCGAAGUAAAUUCUGACAGUACUGGUUCUGUAAAUUAUCCAGGUGCAGAAUCGCAGCAUGAAAUACCAACAUCAACAUACGGAACUUUACAAAACGUGGAGCAAUCUGAUCCUAUGGAUAAAUAUAAAAUACCUAUACAUGAAAUUUCUAAUGAUGCUCCUAAUACACUAAAACCUCAUCCUACUGUACUGAUUACGCCUAAACCUACACCGACGAGUUCAAUUAAGUAUCCUACGACUUCUGUUCCUCAAUCUCAAAAGCUUCCUAGCACAUCAUACGUUUUUAGUCCAAUUGUCACUAAGAGACCAGAUUUCUUAACUAGCACAGCAGAUUAUGUUAAUUUGCCACCUGUUACAUCAAAUGACUUCGACGACCCUGGUUAUUAUGAUGGUGGAAUCAACACAAAUCGUCCAGCGUAUACACCACAAGCACAACAAACGUCAAAUCUAUUAUACUAUUCAACAACGAAACCAAUCGAUGAAAGACCUUCUUUCCCAGGUUACUAUGUUCCAUCAUCUACCCCGUCCUAUUCAACAUUCGGAAAUUUACCAACUGCAGUAGUAGACAAAACAGAAGAAGAAGAAGAAACAUUUACAUCACCAAAUGAUUUUGUUAAUUUCCCGCCAGUUCGUCAUCCCAACUUAAACAUGUCAGCAAUUUCUACUUCAGUAACAAAUGAUCUGUAUAUGUCUACACCUGCUUUUAUUCAAGAUGACGCAUUAAAAAAUAAAAUGAAUUUACUUGUUAGUAAAAUUGUUGAAUCCCUACAAGGAAACUUCGAAGCCCUCGCUCAUUUGGUUGAAGAUGAUAACAUUACAUUUCCAAGUUCAAUAACUAGAUCUACAGCAAGACCAAAACUUCCAUCUAGACCAACGUUAUUGAAAAAACCUCAGACUUUUCCAACUGCAAAAACUACCAGAGUUACAACAAAAAAACCGCAAACUUCAAGGCCGGCGACACAGUUAGUACGCAUUUCAACUACAAAAUCGACAAAAAUUACGAAACGACCGACAGUAAUUACUAAGAAACCAAUAACAGUAGUAACUCAAUUAACAACAACCAAAAAACCUCUUACUCGAAAGCCGCAAACUACAACGAAGAAACCAAAGCCAACAAGACGCGUUCCAACUACAACAACCCAAGAGCCUCAGGAAAAUGAAAUAAUUGAAGAAAAUCAAGAGGAAAAUGAAAUUGAAGAGGAAGAUAGUGAUGAGGGAGCACGAAAAUUUCAAUGCGGCGUAAGACCUCAUAUAAAAUCUGGUCGUAUUGUUGGAGGUAAAGGAGCAACUUUUGGUGAAUGGCCAUGGCAAGUUUUAGUACGUGAAUCUACAUGGUUGGGACUUUUCACAAAAAAUAAAUGCGGUGGAGUACUUAUUACAAAUAAAUUUGUGAUGACUGCAGCCCAUUGUCAACCAGGAUUCUUAGCAUCUUUAGUUGCUGUUUUUGGCGAAUUUGACAUCUCUGGUGACUUAGAAGCCAAACGAUCCGUUACGAAAAAUGUAAAAAGAAUUGUUGUUCAUAGGCAGUAUGAUGCAGCAACAUUCGAGAAUGACUUAGCUUUAUUAGAAUUGGAAAGUCCUAUCAAUUAUGAUACUCAUAUAGUUCCAAUAUGUAUGCCACCAGAUACUGCUGAUUUUACGGGACGCAUGGCAACAGUAACAGGUUGGGGGCGUCUUAAAUACGGUGGUGGUGUGCCAUCUGUUCUUCAGGAAGUUCAGGUCCCAGUAAUAGAAAAUAGUGUUUGUCAAGAGAUGUUCCAUACAGCUGGACAUAAUAAGAAAAUUUUACCAUCAUUUUUAUGUGCAGGAUAUGCGAAUGGACAAAAGGACUCAUGUGAGGGUGACAGUGGUGGCCCAUUAGUAUUACAACGACCUGAUGGAAGGUGGGAAUUAGUUGGAACUGUAUCACAUGGUAUUAAAUGCGCAGCACCAUAUUUACCUGGUGUUUACAUGCGAACAACAUAUUACAAACCAUGGUUAAAACAAGUAACUGGCGUCAAAUAGAUACUUAAGAUUUAGUUAAAACAAAAACAUAUUUUAUUAUUACAUAAUACAAAGUAACGCUAAAUGUAUUCAAAAAAAUUAGAACCCAGUUAAAAAAUUAGCGAGAAUAACUUAUAGAUUAAUUCGUGCAAGUUAUAAGAUCGCGUCUAUUAAAAAAAAAAAUUAAUACAAAUUAAGAAUACAAAUUUUUUUUUUUGUUACUAAGAUGCAAAACUUAAUUUUUACUAAAAUGUUGAAAUUUUUUAAGUAAAUCAAAAUCAUAUUAGCUAAAAUAUUAAUCUAAUCUUGACAAAAAAAAAAAAAAAAAUAUGUAUCUUUUGCAUAUUUUUCGGAGACGAGCAUUAA